UUAUUUAUAACUGGUUUGGGGGGUAUUUAUUGUCUGGCCGAGCAGUGCCCUGGGAUCUGGCCUUGGAAUUUCACUGUCUUUAACAUCACACAAAGCAACUCAACAAUGUCUCCCAAGAAAGCCAAGAAGAGAGCAGAAGGUGCAAACUCCAAUGUAUUCUCCAUGUUUGAGCAAACACAGAUCCAGGAGUUCAAGGAGGCAUUUACCAUUAUGGAUCAGAACAGAGAUGGAUUCAUUGACAAGAACGAUCUCAGAGACACCUUUGCCGCAUUAGGUCGCUUGAAUGUGAAAAAUGAGGAACUGGACGAGAUGUUAAAUGAAGCUUCAGGACCAAUUAACUUUACUGUAUUUCUGACAAUGUUUGGUGAGAAGUUGAAAGGAGCUGAUCCAGAAGAAACCAUAUUAAAUGCUUUCAAAGUGUUUGAUCCUGAAGGUAGUGGACUUCUAAAAUCAGAUUACAUUAGAGAAAUGCUUAUGACUCAAGCAGAAAGAUUUACAAAGGAAGAGGUUGAUCAGAUGUUUACAGCUUUUCCACCCGAUGUUACUGGAAAUUUAAACUACAAAAACCUUGUGCACAUCAUUACCCAUGGUGAAGAGAAAGAAGAAUGAGGUCAACAUAGCAUCACCUUGGUCUUGACUUUGUUCUGGACAAUAAUUAUCUCUCUGCCUUUUUUGUAGUCUUGUUUUCCCUGACUAGAGAAAGAUACAUCACAGCCGCUAAUAUUUGAAGGGACACUUUAAGCACCAUAACUACUACAGGUUUAUUGGAGUAAUUUUUUGUGCAAGAGUUUUGUCUUUGGCUACAGUCUCUCUAGUAUAUCUGUACAAUACUGAAAGGUACUAAUAAAAGGCUGUGAGGUAAGCUGCAUCCAACACUCACAGCCUAUCACUGCUGUCCAAACCUGGGCAGAUUAUGCAAAAACUAAUUUAUGCAUUAACUCAGGGGUUAGCUUUUGGUUAGAAAUGAAAUCCAAAGACAGUUUGACAAAAAAUGAAGGGACUCAAUCCAAAGCUGUCUUGUACCAUACCUAUCAAAAUGUAGUUUAGUGCUAAUUGUGCUUAUAGUUCUCCUUUCAUGUGAUCACGUCAUGUAAAAUAAAACAUUUUCUAUAUCUGA